CAAAAAUUAAGGCGUUAGUGAGGCCAAUGGCUGGCUAAUGGGGCUAAUGGUUGGUUGAAUAUAAUAUCUUUGUUGUUACUGUCAAAAAGUCCAAAAAUCCGAAAGGGGAAGGAGGAAAAGUGUUAAAGUUUUUCUACGCGAAAAAUGCACGGCGUGGUCGGAAACUGAUUUGGGUAUAUUCGUGGCGAAUUCUUGUCCCGUGAUAGACGAACCAAGUUUCGAUUUCAAGGUGCGCGUGUUUGCGGAAGAAAUUUCUAAUUUUCCUAAAAAAAGGAGGAUUGGUAAUAACUUUGAAAAACAUUAUAAGCAUAUUUGACUGAUCACUUUGAGCUGGCGUGUGGAAUCGACGAAGGAAGGCAGCCUGUAAUAACGUUCUAGGCUUGUACGGAAACCGAAAGACUGCCCCCACAACUCUGAUAUUAGUCUACCAUCGGGUUUUUUGGUAAUCCCUUAAUUGAAAUUGUUCGACCGGAUUCCGAACGGCCUUCAAAAUUGAUCACCGCGCAUCACAACAAAUGCCCAGAGGCAAACGCCGGUCCACAACGGCGGCACCGGACAUGGGACCAAGCGAAGAUGAUCGACAUUCGUCCAAGCGUCAGAGGAACACGGCCUAUCAAAGCCAAAGCCAAAGCUCACGACGAUACAGCAAAGUUGAUGAUGCUUUCAGUCAAAAAAGAUGUCUUACCUGGUUCCGAGAGUACACAACACCGAACGAUCCGGACACACUUGGUCCCGAGGGAAUGGAAAAGUUCUGCGAGGACAUCGGAGUUGAGCCGGAGAAUGUGGCGAUGCUGGUUCUAGCAUAUAAAAUGGGCGCUCGUCAGAUGGGCUUCUUCACACAGAGCGAGUGGCUCAAAGGGCUCACGGAUUUGCAGUGCGACACCGCCGGCAAGGUCCAGGGCAAGCUCGAACACAUGCGCAACCUGCUUAACGACACCAACACGUUCAAGCUGAUCUACAGAUAUGCCUAUGACUUUGCUCGGGAUAAAGACCAGCGUAGCAUGGACAUUGAUACAGCAAAAAUUAUGCUUCAACUUCUCCUCGGCAAGCACUGGCCUCUGUAUACACAGUUCGCCCAAUUCCUGGAGCAGUCCAAGUACAAAGUGAUCAAUAAAGAUCAAUGGUGUAACAUUCUCGAGUUCUCCCGUACUAUAUCGAAUGAUCUUAACAACUACGACGUGGACGGUGCCUGGCCCGUGAUGCUAGACGAAUUCGUCGAAUGGUUGAGACUUUUCCGGAUGCAGGCCACGAUUAGCUGAGGCUUCUAUUAUUAAGUUAUAAAACCGGUAGCAGAUCAGGAGAUUGAUGAAAAACAAAAACAUACAAAUGCCAGCAUCAUAGCACAGAGCAGACACAUCCAAUCAAAUUUACACCCGAAACACCAUUUUCUUCUCGAACAACACCUGAACGAAACUGGAAUCUUGAAUCAGUACCCUUUCACUUACUGUCGACAUACACAGACGUUCUGAAGCACAAAAAGCCUAUAGUUUUCUACCACGCGAAUCCAUAGUGUUUCCUAAUCGUAAAAGAUGAAUCAGAUAGACGUAGCAAUAAUUUAAAAUUUUGUAGUUUGUAUGAGAAAAUCGGAGGUUUUUCGGCGGUCAUUCUUUUCAGACAGCUUUAGGCAAAAAUAUGUAUGCGAUCAAACAGGUCUCAACAAGAGAUGAUUACUCACAUAUUUAAGGCUUUUUUCUUUUAAAUUCUUUUCACAUAAACAAGUUGUAUACACUUUUAAGAGAAACACCUUCUUCUGAAGUUUACACGUGCUAACCACCGAUCGUCACAGGGGCGAAACUUUUUUAGGACUUAGCCAAAGAAAAACCGUUUUCUAACUCCCUCAAGUCGUGUUUUGUCUCGUUCUACUGAUUUCGCUUAUUUAAACCGCACAAUCUAUUGAUUGUUUUUUAACUUAUAAACCUCUCUUUUAAAAACAACAGAGGUUUCACGAAGUCGCAAUUUAGGUUGAGACUUUGGUGUCUGCUACUAGGAGUAAAUUGGAGGGAAUAAGAAUAUUUUAAUGGUUAAAACUGAAAUUUCCUUAAACUAAGUUAAUGUGGAAGAAGUCAUCCGAGUUAGUGUGAACCUUCUAAAAGAUUUAGUUAAAUGUCGAUCUAUCGUUCUCCUCCAAAUCUCAAUACCACUAGAAAUCGAAUCAACUCCUCUUAUAAUUGACAACAACAGACUUUCAACGAAACUUUAUCGUUUUGUAGUUUGAGCUGGUUUCUUUGUCGAAAGAUUUCUUCAGUAGAAUAUUUAUCAGUAACUUUUUUUUUAAAUUAAGUUUACCUGCUUGUACGUCUAUUUUCAAGUUGUUCGCAGGAAAUUCAUACUUGAUGAGAGUAUUUUCAACGUUUGUCGAUUAUUUUUAUAAACUUUAAUACAAAGGCAGCAUCAAGGAAUUUUUAUUCUUUUCCUUUUUCAAUCCAGUACCUUUCAAAUAUUAAAAAAAGGCUAUUUAUUUUAUUCUUAGGACAAACACCUCAUUAAUCUCUGUUAUCAUUUUCAUUGAUAUCUUUAACCGAAGGCAAUACA